CAAUGGCGCGCGCGAGUGGCGCGGUCGCCGUGGCGACGGGGCCGGUCCCGGGGAGGCGGUGAUGGGUUGACAGGUGCGUGACAGUCGGGAGCUUCUCCGCAGGCAUGUACGGCAAAGGCAAGAGCAACAGCAGCGUCCCGUCUGACAGCCAGGCCAGGGAGAAAUUAGCGCUGUAUGUAUAUGAAUAUCUGCUCCAUGUAGGAGCACAGAAAUCAGCCCAGACGUUUUUGUCAGAGAUAAGAUGGGAAAAAAACAUCACACUGGGGGAGCCCCCAGGAUUCUUGCAUUCUUGGUGGUGUGUAUUUUGGGAUCUCUACUGUGCAGCUCCAGAAAGACGAGAAACAUGUGAACACUCAAGUGAAGCAAAAGCCUUCCAUGACUAUAGUGCUGCAGCAGCUCCCAGUCCAGUGCUAGGAAACAUUCCCCCAGGAGAUGGCAUGCCAGUAGGUCCUGUACCACCGGGGUUUUUUCAGCCUUUCAUGUCCCCUCGGUACCCUGGAGGUCCAAGGCCACCUUUAAGAAUACCCAAUCAGGCCCUGGGAGGUGUCCCUGGAAGUCAACCACUCCUGCCCAGCGGGAUGGACCCCACACGGCAGCAGGGGCAUCCAAACAUGGGAGGGCCGAUGCAGAGGAUGACUCCUCCGAGGGGAAUGGUGCCAUUAGGACCACAGUCUGACCCUUGGUUGUCGUUGCAGAACUAUGGAGGUGCCAUGAGACCCCCACUCAACGCUUUAGGUGGCCCGGGGAUGCCUGGGAUGAACAUGGGUCCUGGGGGUGGCAGACCUUGGCCAAACCCAACCAAUGCUAAUUCUAUACCUUAUUCUUCAGCCUCUCCUGGGAACUACGUAGGUCCCCCGGGAGGUGGAGGGCCACCAGGAACACCCAUCAUGCCUAGUCCUGCAGAUUCAACCAACUCUGGAGACAACAUGUACACUUUAAUGAAUGCUGUACCUCCUGGACCCAACAGACCUAAUUUUCCCCUGGGACCAGGGUCAGAUGGGCCAAUGAGUGGACUGGGUGGAAUGGAUUCACAUCAUAUGAAUGGAUCAUUAGGUUCAGGAGAUAUGGACAGUAUUUCCAAAAACUCUCCCAGUAAUAUGAGCAUGAGCAACCAGCCUGGCACUCCCAGAGAUGACAGUGAGAUGGGUGGAAACUUCCUAAACCCUUUCCAGAGUGAGAGCUACUCCCCUAGCAUGACAAUGAGUGUGUGACCCGCUCACCAGUGUCACCAUGAAGACCACAGUGAGUUGGCCCUCUCCAGAGAGCUACUGCAGAAGAAAAUUGCUCGUCCCAGUGUACAGUUUAACUAAAGGAUCUCAGACACAAUCAGACCCACCUGGCUUGUUUUUCUUUUCCUACCAUCUCCCUCGUUUUGUCAAGGAAGUGGGUCCCAUGCUUGAGACAACUGUAAAGAGUGCUGUGACAGACCUGCCCAAGGUGGAACUGCAAGAUUGUCUGUGUGUGACACAUGUGGGUUGACGUCGUGUGUGUGUGUAUGUGUGACACAGAAACACACACACACACAUCCAGACACCCACAGGACAUUGUAAAAUAGUAUCACAUCACAUCUUAAGUAGAAAUGAGAAGUAGGGACUUCUAUUCCAUCUUUUUUUUUUUUUUUCACAUUUACAUUUUAAUUGUUAAAAUUUGCUUUCCCUGUCCCCUCUUGAACUGUUCUACAUUGCAUAUAUCACUGCUUUAUAAGUUAUUUUUUAAGUUGAACUCAAAUGAUAAAUUCUUUUGAUUUUGUUAAUGUCUGCCAUUAUGGAUAGGAAUAAAAUUGCUUAUAAGAGCUUUCAUUAACUUGUGUUUGAUACCAGCUACCCUGUGAAUCACAACUUGUACUGUCUCAAGAAAUAGAAGAAAGCUCAUCUUAAUUUUUUUGAGAAAUUGAAUAACUUUCACAUAGUUUGGGGAUUUUUUUUAAUACUUUGCCUUUAAAAAAAAAAAAAAAAGAAGCACUGAAGGUUAUUUUCUUCUUUAAUUGAAGCCUAAUAUCUGCAAUAUCUAUUUUAAAUGGAAGCCUGAAUUUGAUACAAGCUUCUCAGUUUAUAUAGAGUACUAUAAGGUUACUGUAAGUGAGCUCCAAUUGCUUUAGAAUCUAGCAAUAAAGGACAGGGCUUCCCCUGCCCUUGGAAAUGAGUUUUCUAUUUAGCAUGGUUUUCUGUAGGGGUGGUAGUUAGUGGAAAUACAGUAGAGUCCUUAUCACCAAAACCCUUUCUAACAACUUACAAUUAUGUUUUCCGUUUUCAGUGAUUCUCAAACAAAUAGUAACAGUUCAUGCUCCUAAUUAUAAACAGCAUUUCACAAGCCCAUUCAGUGAAUCAGGUCACCAUGCUGCUGCUUGGGUGUGUGUUUUCCACCAUGUCUGCCAGAAUUAAUUCCCCCAAAACUUUCCAGUCAGCAGCCUUUUUUUGAGCCAAAAUGUUGCAGUACUUUUUGCCACGAACAGAAGAGGAACAAAGGUCUGGGCCAUUUUAAGAGUGGGACAGCCUGUUUGGUGUGAAAGCUGGGAACAGAAAGGUUUAGAAAAGGUCCUAAAGGAAAUGCUUCUGGAAGCCAUCCAUGUAUCUUCAGGCAGAGCUCUGAAACCAAGAUUAUGGUACAUAUAUUUAAUUCCUAGUGAUUCACAGCUCCCCCCAAGAAAACAGAAGUUUUCAGUUUGUAGUGAUCAAAAGGGUGAUGAUCAGCAAUGUGGGCACAAAGUGGCUCAGCAAAAAUUCAGGCUACAGACAAAAAGCAAAUUCCCCUCCUUGGACUUAGAGAUAGAAGAGCCACUUAGAGAGGAGGAGCAGUUUUGGGGUGUGGUAUGUCCAUGUGCAAGGGGAUUUUUUUUUAUGAAUUGUGAUAAGCAUAUGGGACGGGCUUGUUGUGAUGGCAGCUGCAUGUACCGGGAUGCGUAAGGAAUACUACAAUCUCCUAACUCAUUUUUAUUUCCAUGUGUAUAUAUGUGUAUAUAAUAUAUGGAAAUAAAAAAGAUAUAACACUUCACUCUCUUGUUAGGGCUAUUCAAAGAUGAAAUGCUCAGAGGCUUAAAAUUAUGUUAAAGUAUCAAAGAUUCUGGUAAGCUUUACCUUUUGGUAAUAAAAACUGCUUUGAUUAGUUGAAAACAUCAACUAUAUAGUCAUUUUAUGGUUUUGUAGACUGUAUUCCCAGUGAUUAUGAAGGUCAUAUUCAUCUGCUUCUCUUUGGAUAACACUUUGUUGUGGUCUCCAAAGAUGGAGACACUACUGACUUGAGUUAGAAACACAAAAUCAAGUGUUAAUUUCCUCAGACCCUUUGUUGUCGUCACUCACACCACUGGUGUGUUCCCAGAGUCCAAGUGUCCUUGCAGCCUGUGUUGACACCUGUAUUAUCCAUGGUAGCCUUCCAGGAAGGACCUGGGGACUCUUUUCUGCCCAGGUUCAGUCAAGUGAUGUCACUGGCUCCUGGACUGAGGUAGAUGGGGGGCUGUGAAUCAGGUGCCAAAGCCUGUUCACACCCCAGAUAAUUGUCCUCUCGGACACCUUUGAAGGGUGAAAGUCUGACCACCAAAGCUGUCAGGGAAGCCCCUUGAAUGGAAUUGCCAACGUAUAUUGGAUAUUGCUAUCAAAAUAUGGUAUCCUCAUUUUUAUACAAAAGUAAAAUGUCCUUUCAGGCACCUAAUUUACUUGGUGUGUCCCGCAUUUCUCAUAACCACAGAGUCCCACAGACAGCAGCUCUUUUUUUUGUUAUUGUUUUAAAUACGCAGUGGGCUUUUUGCUUGUUCGUUUUUCUUUCUUUUGCUUACAAAUCCUUGUAGGGUUUUCAUCAUAUCUGGAGUAUCAGUGUGGAAAGAAAGACUAUUCCCAAGCCCUGGGCUUUUGCUCCUAUUUAUGUUUCUUAUGCUCUAGAUAUCAACAAUGUAAUUCCUGUUUGUAUCUGUCCUUGUGCAACAGCAUUAUUGGUAAUGUCAGAACUUGUCCAACUCUGGGAGCAAUUUUAUUUUAAGUGGUGCAGGAUAGUGUUUUUUUCUCUCAGCUUUUAGAUAGAUUUUGCUCUUUAAUGUAGAAAUAAAUAACGGUGAAUCUGUAAAUGGGUCUUUCAGACAAGGUUAAAGAAGCCUUUUUAAAAAACAAAGUGAUUAGAGCAGCAAAAAUAGGGAGUAGGGCAUCUCUCAUACUGUGAGAACUCUGGCAAGUAUUCUGGCCUGAAAUCAGCUGAAAUUGGGAUUCACUUGUGAACUUCACAGUGAAACCAGUAUUUAACAUGCAGCAUAAACCAAUGAAAAUGAGUAUUCUUACCCAGAUCUAUCUGCACAUCACCCAGAUUUUAUCACCAUGUCUAAACCUUGUACAGGCAAGAACAGAGCUUGGGGCAAGGAAGAAGCUGUCUGAAUCACAGGUAAAAGCACAUGGCCUGACAUGUGCAUCAACAAAAUACCCAGAUAAUUUGUUAACUCAAUAACUCAAUGUAUGCAUUGAGUUAUUUUCUUAAUUGCCUGAGCAAGAGGAAGAUCUGCAGUUGCACUCAAAAAAAGUGCCAUUUUUUAUUUGGUUGCAGAGCCCUAGCAGGUUCAGUAUUGAACUAUUUAUUCCUUUCUUUCCCCCCCUUACCAGUCAAAAUGAUUUUUCAGCUGAUACCUGUUGCACCUAAUUUCUAUUUCUCAUAUCAGUUAAUUAUUUUGGAGUGUUUUCUUCUGUUCCCAGUCAGCCCUGAUCUGUUGUUAUGAUGGCUAAAUAUGGACUGAAUUCUUCAAUAUUUGACCCUACACAUUAACAUUUCAAUAAUGUAAGAUAUAGCUUAAUAAUGUAAAAAGAACGGGUAAAUUUUUUUUUCUUUAAAUUCACUGCAAGUGACAAUAUAACUGUGGCUCCUGUAUUGCUUGGACCUUAAGGAUAGGAAUCUUGACAAAGUACAGUUCUCAAAUAAACCCCAAAGAAUUAUUUCAGCAGUGACAUCUCACACCAAGGAUGUAAUUCAGGAUUUAAUGAUCCAAAACAACUAUAAAAAUUAAAAGAGAGAUGAGUUAGUUUUAUAUUUUACUGUAUGCAGCUCUCUUUCCAGUUAUUAUUGGCACAGUCCUAUAGGCUGCUGCUCGUGCUGCUGAAACUUGGAUGAAACCACUCACAUAAGGUCAUUUUUGGGGUAGGACUUCACCCUGAUCUGGGUCAAAUCUAUAACUUGCCUAAGCUGUGGCAUUAUUUGGUAGAUGUGUAAACUGAGUACUUUGAACAAAAUACAGAGGGUCUGUUGAAAUUACUGAAAUGAUGUUUCAACCUGAAAAAAAAAAAAAGGAAAAAAGUAUUUAAAAUACUGCUUUGAGUGCAUGUUUGCAUAUUGUCUAUAUACUGGGAACAAAUUACAGUACCAAAUUUAGAGAUAAAAAUGGUCUAGAGCUCAAAUUUAAGUCUUUCCUAAGCAGACAUUAUUUUAAAGAUGUCACCAAUGCAGGAGCAUGUUCAUGUGUCAAUACUGACAUGCAGUGCAGAUUUGGCUUUCUUCUGUUUCUUACUUUGUUAGAGCUUUGUUCACUUUGUUCACUACUACAUUGACUGUUUUUGUGAAUUUGUCCUUCCACCUUGUUUUCAAUUGUGCAGCCAUAGUUUCCCCAACACAGCCAACAGCUUUGCAGUUUUAGUCCAAACUUCUCUUUGGUCGCUGUUCUUCAUUUAAGCUUGAAGUGUUUAAGAAAGCCUCUCAUGUAAUGGGAAAACUUGCCAUAAAAAUGUAUAAAGGUUUUCUUGGGUACAUGUUUUCACAUUUAAUAAAAAGGCAGUUUUUGAUUAUAAUUUGAAGUGGUCAGUUUCUAGCCACUAUUUAAUUUUUGUGGGCAGAAGAAAUUGAGAGAGGAAAAAAACCACCUUUUUUUGGUUUUUGGUUUGGUUUGGUGUUGGUGUUUUUUUGUGGUUUUUUUUUGUAUUUGUUUGAAUUCAGCAUCAUAAAUGUUUGCUGAAAGAUGUGUUUUUUGGGGGAAAUCAGAUCAAAACCACAUUUGCUGCCUAGUUUUAAGUAGUACAGGAGGACUUGGUCUUGAAAGCUCCUGCCAUAUCCCCAAAAGUGUAUCUCUUGACAUCUGAUUUGUGUGGCUUUGUACGAGCCUGAUUCACAAGCAGUGAUUUAAUUUGUCUGUCCUGUGUUUUCAGUAUGUCUUGUGGGAGGUCCAGGGUUCUGUGGUCUCAGGAGAGCGACUGAGGGGUCGAGCAGGCUUGUUCCCAGGGUCAGGGGGUUCAGGACCGGGGGAUUAUCCACCAGAAACAAGAUGUUCGUUCGCUACCUCGCUGUUCUUUUGAGAACUUGCACAACUCUUCUUGCCAGUAGGUUCUGGGGAUCCUUUAAAAUUUUACAUUGCUGAAACAAGAAGCUUAGUUUUGCUAAGAGAAAAUCCUGGCAGUUUUUAGCAAUGGUUUUCGUAGGGAAACAGCUCAGAACAUGGAGAUUUAGAAAGGUGAUGUGUUUUCUCAGUAUCCUGGGUGUGCUAGGAAAUAAAUAGUACAAUUUAGGAGUUUGGGCUGUUACAGAGAUAACUGAAAUCAUCAGUAAUUGCUUUUGAUGGGAAAAAUUAUUGGCUGUGGAACAACUGCUCUGAUCCUUGAGGAGUGAACUGGAUGUGAACUGGAUGUUUUAGGCUUUUUUUUCUAUUGUUUAACCUUCAUGUUUUAUCCUCUCUCAUUUGGAUUUCCCAUUAAAUGUACUGUGCCAGAUCUUUGCACAAAAAUAAGAACAUUUUGCCCAAUAAACAUAUAGAAAGUUUUCCGCAUCUGUAACUACAGCUCUGCUGUAGAGAGUUUAUUUCAUUAUAGAGACUUUUGAGCAUAAAAACAGAUAAGGUGUGGCAGUGCAGCAUCCAGAGAGCUGUCACUGCUCCAGAUCAGGAAGGCUAGCAUCCCACAGACUCCCAAAUUAGGUGAGACGGUUCCUAAAAAUGACAUAAAAUAGCUUGAAAUAAAAACUGAUUUUUGGCAUGCGGAUUGGAGGAAAUAAAAUCCCAAAUACAGGAUGUAUUUAAUUGAGGUAGAAAUUCACUAAAGCCAUCUCUAGCAGGAGCACAGAGCACAUCGAGCAACUUAGAGGGAAAGCAAAGCUAAAUUGUGUUGCUAACGUCUUGUCAAUAAGCAUAACAUUCAAAAGCAGGUAUAAGCUAUUUUUUGUUUUCAUUUUUCAAGUCUAUUUUAAUUUUUCUGAUUAACUCAUAGUUUUGAUUUGAUUUGAAUUUACAUUAAUGGAUAAGGAAGAGAACACAAGUUCCUAAACUAGAGCUGGAAUUACAGACAUGAAAUAGUGGCUUGAGUAAAGCUGGAGCUUUCUGUUAGUUAAGAAUCAAGUAAAUUUUUAUAUUAUUCUUUUUCCAGGUCAAAAAGCAUCCAAACAAUAAACAUUUUCAGCCUUGUUGUGGCUGUCUAAAGAAAUGUGAAUCAAAAUGCUAUGCUCAGAGACCAGUUUUCAGGGCUUUUUUUUUUUUUUUUUGUGGCAAGUAUCCCCUUGCAGUGCAUCUAUUUUGUGCAUGUUUGUCUAAAACUACCAAAAAAACUCACCUUCUUUUUUUCUGAAUUUCUGUACAUACAUCUGGUUCUGGUGGGAAGAGCAGGAAGAUUUGGUAGCUGGUGGGUUAGCAUAUUUAUGUGGAUUACUUAAAGCAUUAGUAAACUAUUAACAACUCUGUUCACAUUGCACAAGAUACUCUGUGUAGUCUACUGCUGGCAUUAUAACCUCGGUGAUCAGUGCAUAUUCUGUAAAUUCCUGUAGGUUUUGUGUAAGAAAUCUUGUCACCACUGCUUACUACUGUAAAUUCUUGUUUUGAAGCAGGAGGUGGCAUUUAAUUGUACAGCCAUGUGUAUUAUAUACUACAGCAGUCCUUUGUUCUGUCCUCUAGACUUGCUGUCCACAUAGAGUUGAAGCUCUGUUAAGCACGUGUAGUGGUUUCAGAAUUUAUUUCAGACAGCAGAUCUAUAAGCCAUUUACAGGAAUAUUAAAUGUAAUGUAAGAGAAUCCAACCCAGUUUGUACCCUUUCUUGAGAGCUGGGGGUUGGAUUUUGGCAGGCAGCUGCAGGUCAGCGGGCUCCGUGGCAUCCCUGCUGCGGGUGCCUGCACACCUGGGAGGUGUCACACCUGGGCAGGUGUCCCCUGGCAAAGGGGUGCCCCAGGCACAGUGUCUGGGCAGGCUGCUGCCUUACAAAGACGUAUGAGAUGGUGUCUUUGUUUUUUUCCAAAAACUGCAUCAGUGCCAAGACUGAAACCCAUCUUUGAGGGCAUGCAGGAGGUGCGGUGCUGCCUCCCUAUUGUGUCCUCCUCCCCACCCACCACAGGCUCCACCUGAGGUGGUGUUUUAAGGAGAAUUUAACUCUCUGUCUGUUUGUCGAGAGAGAAAAAUAACCUGAACUCUUGGACUGUGGAUUCUUUUUUAUAGUAUUUUAUGAUGUACAACAAAGACCUGAAAAUGUCUGUGUGUUCUUCGCUGGUUUCUGACAUCAGAAAUUCAAGUCCUGUCUAGUCUGAAAGGCAGUGAUGGGAAAGGUGGAAAAGCUUGGAAAGUUGAAGGGGAUUCUUACUUGGAUUAUUUUAAAUGUUUUUAUGGAUAGUUUAAAUGACUAGGUUAAUCUCUUGAAUCAAGGCAGUCUUAAUGACUUUGCACCUUCACCGUUUCAUGUAAGACUUUGAGAACUUGCAAUAAAUAUUCCUCACACUUACAGUCCAAUAUGUAGAUAAAUUCCCUAUAUUUCUAAAAUCAAAAAAUAUUUCUACAGUAACUUCAGCCCUUCUACAGAGAACAACAGGGCAAUUCCAAUCCCAUAAUCCCAAGUAUUUGUAAGUGUAUUUUAGACAAAGAAUGACUUUCAACAUCAUAAAUGAAACAAAUGUUCAGUGUUCCAGUCUCUGGAAGUAAAGGAAACCUCAGUAAUUUUGCAAACCAGCAAGAAUUAAACUUGUCAAUAUAAAUAUUAAUGUAGAAAGUGCAUGCAAAACUUGAUACUGCCUCUGACCUUAAGCAUUAAUAUUGAUAAUAUUGGGGAUCUCACAAAUGUUGUGUGUUUCAGAACCACUGUAUUUCUCUUCAGUGUGUGCUUCAUCUUCAUUACCGACAGCUACUGCAAAGAGCCAAUCUAUGCCAUAACCAAGGCAUGGAGAUACAAACUUCCCACAGCAUCAUAAAUACGUGGACAUGUGUGUGUGUUGUGUUAGGAUGAGUAACCACUCCAGCUACAAACUCCUCCAGACCUUGUGUGUGUAUUUUCAGAGCAGCCUGUGGGAUGGGUUUGGGAGGGCAGCAGCCUGUGUGGAUGCUACCUGCCAGCAAUCCCAUCCCACAUGGCUUUGGGUCUGGCUUUGGGGGAUCGUCAUGAAGUCAAGCCUCACUGGUUUAUCUAUGAAAAGUUCCUUGCCAGACUGGGAGCUGUAAAAACACGGAUGGUGUGGGUCACUGACCCAGAGUGUGUCUGCACUGGAGCCUCAGGCAGGACUGUGACAGACUGUUUGUCAUGGUGAUACCGUGCCGCCACAGCAGACUUGUUUCCGCUCCACACCGUGGCCUGAUUCAUCCUGCCAUAAUCUCAGCUGGCUAAAAAUUACCAUCCUGGGUCUCCUGUGUAUGUCAGAGGAGGGACAGGAGAGGAGAUGCCUCUGUAAGAUUGUAUGAUGGCAUCAGCUGCCCCACCACUGAUGAACAGCUGGAAUUAGGCGGGAUGAAUCCAUGGGUUUAUGAUCGGCUUACAUACCUCUGCACAAAAGUGUAUUUAUUUGAGCUUGGUAAGGGCAAGAAUAAUGCAGGUCCUUUGAACCCAAAUCCAAGUGGCUUACAGAUGAGUUUCUGAAUUCGAUCUCAAACAUUAGAUUUCUGCCCCAUAGUUGCUCUUUUAUUUUUACUUCAGUUUUUAUGAACCAGUGUAACGUCAGCUAACUCGUUGGAACAUUUCCUCACCUUUACUUGUUAAGUGGGCUCCCUCGUUGCCUGCACCAAUUCAUUUAUUGUAAGCAACACAUGAAGAAACCUUUGCAUAGAUCAGUCAACACCACCAAUAGCAUUUGCAGAUUUUAAAUUCAGCUGUGAGCUCGGAACUAAGGUAUUAAUGUUCAUGCUUCCCAGGUGUGGCUAAAGAUUCCUUUCCUGAGAGCUUUAAGGAAUAAAUCUAGGAGCUCCUGAUUGAAGAUUGAGAGAAUACAUGUAGCAAUGGCAGUUUAUGUUAGUUUGUUUUCUUUCUGUAAACGUGUGAUAAAUGCAUUGCGAUUUCAUGUGCUGGUUUGGAGACGAGGGAAUAUCCCGUGCCAGACAGAGCAGAUCUCUGCAGGCAGCAUUACGGUGGGUUGGCAAAGCCUGUUUACAGCAGGUUCCACCUCAGGCCUGCACCACACUUCAUUCUAGUUCACUUUGAUACCUUUCUUCACUCUCUGCCGGUACGAAAUCCUGACAGCAGUUGUACAAGUUCAUAUUGAGAGCUGAGGAACAGCUGAAGUUUAAAAACAAAAAUGUUGUAGCUUGCACUCUUCUCCUUCUUGGAGUGUCCAUGUUCUCACAGCUGGGCUGGGACAGCAGCCACCUCCACAGUUGCCAUGCAGCUCCAUCCCACAAAAUUGGGUCUCAUUUUUUAUGAGUUUAACAGGAGCAGUAUUGAUCCAUUCACGUUAUUUCCUAAGUUGUGAGUCACUCGGUGCUGGAAAUGAUAUGCAUCUUGUGUAACUAUGAACAGAAAAACUGAGAGUUGUGUUUAGGAUGUGCUGGUACAAUCCCUGCUCUGCUGUUCAGUGUUUUGAGUGCUGAAGUUUACCAAAAUGUUACCUUUGUGGAUUAUCUCAGCUGUGCGUGAAAAUGGGUAUGAAUUUCCUAUUGCUGUUCCUGGUUUCUCAGUGAUUUCUGAGCCAAAGGUAAAACAGUGGGAAAGAUGGUUGUGGCAGCUACUCAUUGACAGCUUUUCAGACACAUAAGGCCAUUCUGUCUGUCAUCCGACACUGUUCCAGUUUUUUCACUGGAUCACUGUGCUGCUGUAUAUCUCGAUGGGUGUUGUCAACCAGUGGAGGGAAGAUGAACAAGCUCAACCACCCAAGAAGGGUAGAAAUGUAGCAAGUAACAAACUGUCUUCUCCAGCAGUCAUUUAUUUGUAGUGCUUCAUUUUCAAUUAACAUUUGUACCUUCAAUUAUUACUGUACCGUUCAGUAUCUUGAGGUGGUAUGAGCAGAAAUAUAUGAGUAUAUAUAAUUUACAAGACAUAUAGGCUUGUAUUGUGCCUUUGUAAUUCUCUUCAGCUUCAAUAUCUAAACGCUACAAGCAGACAAACUUCCCUCUUUUGGGGUGUUCUUUACUACAACAGUAGCUGAUGGCUUCAUUAAUACUGACUAUUUUAGUCUUCUGGGGCUAACAUUUAUGUUUUUCUGGGUGAAAAUGCCAUAGUGCCCUCAGCAGACAUAAGCACAACAACAUAACACUGCAGUGCAUGCUGUCUCUUAGCUUCUCUCUACAUGUGCUUGCAUGUUGGAAAUUCAGAAGUGCUGCUGUAUAAAAUUGCUACAUUAUUUACCCAGUACAGGUGUUCUUCUGAAUCCCUUUUUUGCUUAAAACUCCCGUUGUCUUGGAAGUGAGUGAUGGUUCAAAAGGGGGUUUUGGCUGCACAAAGGAUGCAGGGAGCAACUCCUAACUAGUUUACAGGAUGCUGUAAAUGUCUUUUCUGCAAAGAAAUGUAGCAUUAUAGCUGUAAUUUCCUAGUGAAAACACUGAGCGUGCUUAUCACUUAAUAUUUUAAGGGAAAAAAAAAGGGGUCAGACUGUGUAAUUGUAUCUCAUCUAACUUUGACACUUAACCAGUUUUACCUGCGUGUUCAUGCUACACCAACCAACACAAAGCUGAAUGGUGACAGCCUUGUUUUACUACUGCAGCUACACAAGAAGUCACAGUUUUCCAGAGGUUCCGUUUGGAUUUUUUGUUCCCUUAACACAUUUUCACUGCAGGCUUAUUUUUCUGUAGUGACGUGAGGCUUGCUUUCACCAACGCAAGAGUCUGUAGCCCUCUGUACUGUGAAAGGCAAGGCCAUGUGGGGACACUCGGGCUUCGUGCUUGCCCAGCAAAUCAGCAGAAAUUUCACCCAAGCCAUAAAAGCCUCUUAUGUUAAUCUCUAGUUAUAUAAUUAAAGCAAUUAGGGGUAGGAGCUUCAGGCAUAAUGAGGUCUCUCUAUCAUUCAUUUACUCUCUCUCUGUACUUCAUAGGGAUUUAAGGGUUCUUUUUCCAAGGCUCACCUGUGUCUCUUAACAAACCAGUGCAGUCCAAGCAUCGUGUGAGGUGCAGUUUAUGGAGAUAGCAUUGGAGUGUGAAAGAUUUACUUUUGGUAGCAAGGAAUAACCUGUGUCCCUGUGGACAACAUGGACACUUGCAAACGAGUCUGAUACCGAGAAUUAAAAAAAAAAAAAAAAAAAAAAA